AUGCAGCAAAGAAAAUCAACAUUGGGAAGACCAUCUGGAACCGAUGCUUCUGAUUAUUCCUACCGUAUGGUAGUUGAUUCAAGUUAUCAACUUGUUGCAAAGGGAAAGAAACCUAUCUUUGUUAUUUUGGCUUUGUUUCUGUUAGUAGGAGUGAUAUUUGCAUUUUUACCAGGAAAGAAAGAGGAUACACCAAAUACCGUUGCCAUUUCUUCUGUUAUUGUUAGUGUUGUUUUGUUGAUCAUUGCGGACAUAGGUAGAAGACGAAGCCGGUCGAGUUUGUUAAGAUUAUAUGCCGUUCUAUCUUCCCUAGCAUUGCUUCUCUUGACUGCUACUCUUGCUAACCAGUAUUCCCUGCUGAAGGUUAUCCAAUAAUUUCGUAAUCGGGGAACAAGCAGUUUUGAUGUUGAUUUUCCUAGUCUUCAAACUGGUUUGUUGGUAUAUAUACUCACUUUUCCGCUGUUCAAGAUUAGUACCAUCAAAGCAGUCGUUUUGCUUCUUUUUAACAUGACGCCUCCCAAGAAAGCGUCUUAGCCUCAUCUUUCCCUCAUUGAUCUGUAAGAAUGUAUCUCUUUUGAGUGACUGAGGGAAUCUGACUUAGCUCGUGUAGAAUUUUCCCUGCAAAUUGUUUUAAAGACAUUUUCUGAUUUUAUUCAAUUUUUUGUUUUUGUAUUUGAGUUAUCAUCCAAGUAUUUGUUUGGUUUAGUGGUCAGAGAAUUCUGUUUGCGUGCCAAUGAAUAUUAUUAUU